AUGGACAGAUACAUGGACAGAAAACUGUUUGUUCAGCUCAACGGUAACCGCAAGGUCACUGGAGUUCUUCGAGGGUACGAUCCGUUUAUGAAUAUCGUGCUGGAGGAUGCUUCUGAAGAGCUUGGUGAUGGUGAAAAGAACUUUCUUGGCAGUAUUGUCGUGAGAGGAAACUCUAUUGGCGUGCUGGAAGCCAUAGAAAAAGUUGCUGCUUGA